CCCGCCGCAAUCUAAUUUUUUUUUUCUCUUACCUUACUCUAUUCACUACAAUGGCUGGACAUUACACCAUCGCUGGCAAGCAAAUUCCUACCCACAUUGUCGCCAUGGCUUUCAUUGGUGCCUACGCCGCUGCUGGUAUCGGUUACAGCAUGAAGCCCAAGCCCGCUCAACCUGCUACUCCCCCGAUUCAGGCUAGCUCUGCUGACGAGGAAGCUUUCAUUCGCGAAUUCUUGAGCAAGGCCGAAGCCGAAGAAAAGAAGAACUAGACACAAUUUUUCCCGUACCGCGUCUUCAACCACAUUAGUUUGCGCAAUAAAAAAAAAUAAGUCAAACAACUGUGAUACUGUUACCUAGAAACCAAACCUCUGUCUCCAUGUUUUACUUCUCGUCACGGUAACAUUUUGAUCAUCAAAAAGGGAAAUAUGCGCCUUGGUGGUGGUUGAUGAAUCGACAGAAACAACCUGAAAUUGAUACCUCUUGUUCGCAUACGAUAGAAAAGCCAU